AAACAAAGUAAAAUUUUCGUCAAAAUGGCGGCCGAGUGGGAUAAUUUAAUACCAGAUUCACGAGAUAUGCCCUCGAAAAAUGACUCAUUUCACGAGGAUUUCGAAGGUAUUGUACGAGUUAUACAUAAAUACAACUUUACCAUGUUUUAAGCACGGUAUUUAACUGUAUUUUAGACUUCUAGACCAUUCCGUGAAAGGUCUUUGAUUGUCUUAAAAUUACUCUGAACCAACCCUAUAAUUUGCGAUAUUUGUUUUGAAUUGAGUGUUCACAAAAAGCUUUUAAUACGUGUUUAACCUAGUGUGUACUUAACUUGAGCUCUUCAGAAUCUCAGUUAUUAUUUCUUGUAUAAUUUUUUGUAUUUAUAACUUUUUUUUACCUAUUUUCCAGCUAUUUUGUAGAUUCUACGGUCAAUAUUUGAUUAAAUGCAUGAAUUGUCACAUUUAAUAUUCAACAGCCCUUUCCGACCUGAUACUUUUUCACAAAGAUGUCCGGAAAUUAAGGCAUUUGUAGACAUAAACCUGUGAAUUAGUUAUCACUAUCUGUUGUAAAUCGUGCUAUGUUUUGGGUCUUUUAACUAAUAUUAAAUUUGCCAAAUAUUUUGUUUUGAUUUAAGUAUUUUAAUGUAUUUUUAAAAUAACUUGUUCAUGUGUUGUAGUACAGGCUAUAAAAUGGCAGCUAUUUCCUUUUCAUAUAAAAUUUGUCCAGUUCUCCUUAUUGUUUACAUCCUUUUAAUUGUAAUGUGGUUUUAUAAUGGCCAUUAGCUUGUGUUGUUGUGGGAAAAUUUAAUAUUUUAAAGUAUGUCUGAUGAAAUUUGAGUCACUUAAAAGGGCUAAAUAUGUUUUGGCAUUUCAAUAAUUAAAUUUAAGGCAUAUUUCUGGCAUUUGUACACUAAAUAUGGGAUUGAAUAAUUUGACAUUAAUUGCACUUAACAUUCUAAGGGCUUUGAUACUCUAGACAUCAAACUUUUAGAAACAAAAUACUGUAGACUUUUAUUGCUGGCUUUUAGUAAGCCAGGGGACUCGACAGUCAACAACUAAACAAUUCAUUAAUACACUAAAAUGCACAUAAUCCUUCAACAAACUUCUAUAUGCAUGUCCUCAAUGAGGAAAGAUCUGUGGCAAACUGAUAGUAUUCAAAAGCUAUCAGCCCGUCAAAGGUGUUUAACAUUUUCUUAAUGUUUGAAAUUUUCAUAGUAUCCAGUCAGGAUACAAGUCAUUCACAGUUUGGUAUCCAAAACCAAAUUUUUGGUAUCCAUGGAUAUUAGGCCGACCGACCCUAUUUUCUGCUGACCCUAUUAUUUUUUCAACGCUAUUGACUAUGCGACCCUAUUUUCUCCGGGUGAUUGCGUGCUGCUCAUACAGCGUGCCAAAAUGGCGUCUGUUGUCACACUAAUUAUUGAACCAAAUUGCCUAAAUUCGUCUAUAGGAAAUACGCAUCUCUAAUUAAUAUUGAUGUCGGGACUCUACUGAAAAUCGCCCAGCAAAAAACCGCCAAAACCAUGAAAAAAAUAUUCAAAAAAAAUUUUAUUUCCUACCUACCGACCCUAAUUUUUUCACAAUAUGAAACCGGAACCACAGGUAUUUUUUUUAGGCCUUGGAAUACUGGAAAUUUCAGACCCUGACUGAUUGCUACAUAUAAUGAAAGAAUUUGAUAUUUUCUCACUCUGAUAAUUGCUGGUUGACCAACAUCUAUAUAUAUUAUUUUUCAAAAUGUCUUAUUAUGCUCUGUUAUACUAGACAACAGCGACAGAAAGAUGGAGUCAAAGAAACCAUCAAAAUCAAGGAAGAAAAAAACUUAUUCAUCAACAAGUGAACAAAGUUUAUUGUCUGAAGAUCAAGAUGAGUACAGCGUAACAGAAUAUGUCAUGGAGUACACAGGUAUGGAAGUUUAUAUAUCGAUACGUCAAUUUUACCAAGCAAUCCAUUUUUGCACAAUCAAUUAAUCAGCAGAGAUCCAUUAUCAUGCAGGAGAUCACCAGACUUCUAAGUUCGCUAAUUACACGCCUUGGGAUGGCAAAAUUGCGCGCAGGAGAUCUUAUGCGAGCAUGGCAAACUUAGCAAUCUGCACAGUCAACCUGCAGUUACCAGAAUGAGUAAAAAAUGUUAAUUCUUGUUAUUAUAUGUAGUAGUCUUGUAUUUGGAGGAAAAUAAAUGAAUAGAACUGAGAGAUUGUAGUUUGUUGUUGUCCACCAUCUGUUGUUUUGUAAUGCAAAUUGAACACACCUGUUGUAGGCUUUUUGCAUAACAUGCUGUUUUAACAUCAGAUAAUUUACGCAGCUGUUUUUGUUCAGAUAUAUUCGAACCAAGCACGCAACAAAAGUUAGACUUUGUCGACAUACAGGAGGGUGACAGAAUAUCCGAGGCUUCUGAUGAUGAAAUUGUUGCACAUAGCAGUGAAGCAAAAACAUAUGAACAUACCGACAUCUUAGACUCCGAGGAGAGUGAGGAUUCGUCACGGUUACCCCCUGUUGAUACAGGUGUGGACACCUUUGGGAUAGAUGUGGAUUUAGGUAUGAAUAAUGGGAUCGCUGAUGAAAGUGAGGAAAAUGAUGAGGCUUUAGUAAUGGACAACGAGGGCCACAAUACCUCGAGUAAGAACAUUGAGACAAAUUUGGGAAAUUUAGUGGAAAUUGAGGGAAAUGGGAAAAGGGAAAAUAAGCAAGUGGAUGCACAAGUAAAAGUUGAGAAUGAACAAGUGGAAGUACCAAAAGUGAAAAGUGAGCAUAAACAAGUGGAAAAAGUUAAACAUGAAAGUAAACAAAUGGAAGUACCGAAAGUGAAAAGUGAAAAUAAGCAAGUGGAAAAAAUGAAAAGUGAAAAUAGACAAAUGGAAGCACAAAAAGUGGAUGAAGUGAUAGAACAGGGUAGCGAAGGUGGAGAAAAGGAAGAGAGUGGAAAGGAAGAUGAGAAAGAAUCAGAUGAUGAGCAAUCAGAAGAACAAGUGGAAAUUUUAGCAGAGGAUGAUUAUAGUGAUGACACAACUGAAGUGGAUAAAUUAAUUCAAGACAACAACACCAAGGUUGAAAAUAAAAUUUACCAGAAGAAAACGAAAAGUAAAAUGGUCAGUUCAGGUACUCAGGCUCGUGAAGCUGAACCUCUGUUAAACACUUCACAAACCCCCUCCCCUCCUGAGACCCCCUCCCCUUCUCAGACACCUUCCCCCGAGCCUCAGGAAUCCUCACGACACAGGAAGCAAUUCACACCACGAGAGUACCCUGGGAAAGCUGUCAAGUCGAUUGCCAUCGGGACUGACGAUGAUUACCCGUCUAACGAGUAUACAAAAGAAAGGCAUGCCAGGGCAAGUCCUGCGGAAUCUCAGAAGAGGGGAAAGGGGUCUACAGGAAAAGUGCGCCCACGUCAGAACAAUGAGAAUGGAGUAAAGACCCCCAAAAAGGCCAGCACCCCUACUUCAACCCGCACUCAAACUUCAACCCGCACCCCAACUUCUAGCCGUUCCCACCGACAGGCCAAUGGUGACACACCCACCCCUAGGUCCAAACAGCUCCGAGGGGAGAGGGGGAGUCAGUCAAGUGAUGCAAUGUUCUUCAAAUCUCGUUUAUCUCAGACCAGUAAACGACAUCCAAAGAGACAUGUAUGGUUGGUCAGAGAUAGUGAGAUUCAUCGCUUGAUCGCUGAGAAGGCUGCAAUACUACGAAGAUUCAAGGAGGAGGGCAUUACAGGUGAGUUAUUAAUAACUGUAUACUUGUAUUAACCUUCUAUUUCACCUGUUUUCAAAAUUAUAUGACCAGCCCAAAAAUAGCUAGAGUUGACAUGUUAGUUUUAUGUCACAGUUUUAUGUCAUUGUAUACCCACAUAUUUUCUGUGUUUUGAAUACAAUGUGAAGAAAAUAGUGUACCUUUAUAUUUCAUUUCUUCAGGUCGAGUAAAAUCAAAAGGUUUUCCAAAUUAUUCAGAAGUUGAUGUUCUUGGCUUGCCCUCGGUUGGUUUUUCUGGUCGGACAAAAGAUGACUCCCACCGAUCGUCCUUACCUUACGAUAGACAUCCCUCAUCCAGAUCAUCCCAGGGUGGUUAUCACGGGGGCUUGUCUUCUGAGGAUGAAGAUGAACGGACAAACAGACUGGGUACUAAAGGAGGUAAGGGAUUUAUGAAACAAAAACUUUUCCUGUUAUUUCUUACUGUAACUUAA